AUGGGUAUUUAAUAAAGCAAUACAAAUGACAGCAUUCCUAUCUUAUCAAAUAUGAAAAGGAUCUUAGAAAAAGGAAACUGUAUAGUUUAUGAGAAUGAAAAGAACCAAAAAUUUGAUUACAAAGAAUUUAAAUCAAGUGAAACUUCAUUUAAGGAUGAGUUAGAGGUUGCUAGAGAAAUUUAAAACCAAAAUUAUCUUGGAAUUGCUAAAAUUGAAUAGAUUGCUGUUCAUACGCAUGAAAAAUGGUAUACUAACUAUUUUACUUUAUGUCUUUUAACUGAACAUCCAACCUAUUCCCUGAAAGAAUAUUUAUAAAAAAAGGAGAAAAGUUUAACUUAUUAAUAAAUAACUGAGCUUUUGGUUUCAAUUUCUGGGGCAUAACAUAUAUUAGGAAUGAAAAAACAAUAUUUAAGCUUUGAUAACAUUUUUACUAAUGAUGGAAAUGUUUGGAAACUUAAACCUUUCUUUGAAUCUGAAUCUUCAUAUGAGAAGUUAAUGAGAUAUAAAACCCAAAAAAUUAUUGAUUUUGAAUUAGAUAGUUUUCCUGCACCCGAAGAAUUUGAAGGCAGAGUCUGUGACACAGAUAGAGUUUAAAUUUUUGGUCUUGGUAUGAUUAUUUUAGAAUUAAUCACAAGUAUUAAGGAUAUUAUUUUAUAGAACAGAAAAGCAAUAAUUUAUAUAAAGAAUAUAAGCUAAAUGAAAGUUUUCUAUCCUAACGCAUUUAAGCCAUCAUUAAGUUUAAAAAAGAAUUUUCUGGGAAUUUUGUUGAUAUAAUAAUAGAUAUGAUAGAUACAGAUUUAGUGAGGAGACCAAAUUUUUAAUAAUUAAUUAAAAAAUUAAAGUCUCCUUCCUCUAAUAUAUUAUGUAUUUAAACUAAAAUGGAUGAUAUAUAAAAGAUUCCUAAAUUAUAACUAUUAGAUUCUGUUAGGCUUUUUGGAUCAAACAAUCUUAAUCAAGUAGAAGAACUGUAAGUAAGUUAAGCUCUUGAAAAAGCCUAAAUUUAAAUAUCUGACAGUAUUAUCAAAAUGAAAAAAGAGUAAGGAAAAAUUGGAAAUAUCUAAACAAGAUAGGAAUAAAAUGGAUAUGAAUAUUGUGGAGAAAUUGUAAACGAAUAAUAUUAGGGAAAAGGUAUAUAUCAAUAUUAAUUAGGUUAGGUUGUCUCAAAUCUAAGUCAGGAGAUUUGAUUUAUGAAGGUGAAUUUUUGAGAGGUUAGUAUCAUAAUUUUGGAGUUCAGUACUUUUACAAUACAAUAUAAUUGUAAAAAAGUUAUGAUUUUUAAGAUUGCUCAGAUAUAAUGUAUUAUGCUAAAAAAUAUGAAGGAGAAUUUUAAAAAGGAAGGUAAAUAUUAUUCUUAAUAAUUAUAGGAAACAUGGAGGCGGCAAAUUGAUAUUAACAAAUGGAGAAUAUUAUAUUGGAGAAUUUAGUAAUGAUUAAUUAAAUGGUUAUGGUUAAUUUGAUAGGUUGUCAAAAGAUAAAAUCAUAGGGAUUUGGGAUCAUGGAAUAUUAAGAUCAACUCCAAGAUUUUAAAAAGAUUUUCCUUCAUAGAAAUCUCCUUAUUUUACAUAUGAAUAACAAAUUAUAGAUAAAAUCUAAAAACAACCAUAAAUUUAGAUUGAAUUUAAUGGAGUUCCUCAUCAUCAAGGAGAUUUUAGUGUAGAAACAUCAUAAAUACAUAUUAAUGGAAUAAGUAAGCUUGAAUCUUAUAGAAAAAUAUGGGAAACCUAAAUGAAUAAUUAACAUCAAUAUUUCAAUUAGAAGAUGAUUUAAAAUAAAAAAAAUCAUAAACUUUAUUAUGAUGAAUCAAAGACUAUCUUAAAGUAUGAAGGGCAACUCUUUACUGGCUAGAUGCAUGGAAAAGGUAUUUUAUAUUUUAAAGAUGGAAGUAUCAAUUAUUAAGGAGAUUUUAUUACUGGUUAUUUUGAAGGAUUUGGAACUUUAAAUAAUGAAAAACCAGAGAUUCAAAUGAAUAUUAAUUAUAAUGAUUUAAGUGAUAUUCACUUAAAGGGAUACUGG